UGGUGGCAGUGGCUCCAAAUAUGAGCCAAAUGAUGACGAGGAGGCUGAUGAUGCAGAAUAGGAGCAUGAGCCAACUCUACAUAUGUCAAAGGAAAAGGCAAAGCAAGCUUCUACAAAGCCACAAGGAAGAAAGCGUGCCCGGUCCAACCCAUUUCUGCCAACUUAAAAAAGACAAACACAACAAUGAGGACCCUAGCCUAAUUAUGUUUUCUAAAGAGACCCAUACCAAUAGAAAGGUGGGAUGCAUGAGCGCACCUGCCCUUGAAGCUUAUAUUUCUAUGGAAACUAAAAGAAGUCAAGCACGACUCGGUAUUUGGUGCACACAAGGGGCUGCACUUCUAGUAGAGAUGUAAAGGAAGCAACAUGAAGAAUUGAGAACUAUGAAGAAUAGCCAAGAAGAAAAGAAUAAAGCAUAGAAAAGAAGCAAGAUGGACGUGCCAACGUUAUUAGCUUACUUUUACACAAACAUGCAACUCAAAACUAGGCAACAUACUUGAUGGUGCGAGGAAGCCAUUAUUAUAUGAUUGUGCUAUUCUAGCAUGAACUUAGUUUGCUCGUCUUAAGUUAUGUCAAUUAAAUAGUGAAAUUUACUUA